AUCACACAACAAUAAUGAAUGGAAACACGUCGUAGCCAAGAAAGUUGAGCAGCAGCUCACAGCAACUGUUGGUCGGCAUUAGAAAGUUAUCUGUCGCGCGGGGAAGUCUGUUUUUAAGUGAUGGAUUGGCCGGGCAAAUUAGAAAGUUUCUGGAAGAGAAAGCACUUUGAUUGUUACUUUUGAAAGUAAGUUUUUAGAGGGGAAGAUACAGUGGGUGCACACUGUAAAAACCUAAACGCGUGAGUCAGUGUAAAUGGCAUUUUGGGACAGUGAUAGGAGACUACUGCUCUGUCAGCGGUUUGUUACGGUUUGGAGAAGUGGAUUAUCGGGAUUAAUCCGUUUAUGAAAGUGUUGGAAUGCUUUUUUGAAAACUUUGCUUGGAUUAUCAUCACUGGAAGAAACUGAAGGAUCCAAGUUACACAGAGGAGGAUACACAGCACAUCGGGGGGCAAAAUGGGUAAUAUAGAAAGUGUGGACGGUCAGUCGGAGAUGAAGCAUCACAUCAUGCCUCUGAAGGUCCCCAUGCCUGACCCCACCGAGCUGGAGGAGAAAUUCGCCAUUGUUUUGAAUUCUAUGAACCUGCCUCCAGACAAAGCCCGGCUCCUCCGACAGUACGACAAUGAGAAGAAGUGGGACCUGAUUUGCGACCAGGAGAGAUUUCAGGUGAAGAAUCCGCCGCACACCUACAUCCAGAAGCUACGAGGAUACUUAGACCCCGGAGUCACACGAAAGAAGUUUCGCAGGCGGGUACAGGAAUCUACAAAAGUCUUGAGGGAGCUGGAGAUCUCACUGAGGACAAACCACAUUGGGUGGGUCAGGGAGUUCCUCAACGAUGAGAACAGAGGUCUCGACGUCCUGGUGGAGUACCUCUCCUUCGCCCAGUGUGCUGUCAUGUUGGAUUUUGAGGGGCUGGAGAAUGGGGAGGAUGGUUUCUUGGACAAGGCUAAAUCUUGGAGCAGGUCCAUAGAGGAUCUGCACCACACCCAACCCUUCUGCAACACACUGGUGCGCUCUGCCCGCCAGUCUGUCCUCCGCUAUGGCACGGUUUCCAACAGCAAAACCAUCAAGAACUCCCGUCUCGUGAGCCAAAAAGAUGAUGUGCAUGUGUGCAUCAUGUGCUUGAGAGCAAUCAUGAAUUAUCAGUACGGCUUCAAUAUGGUCAUGUCUCACGCGCACGCAGUCAAUGAAAUUGCUCUCAGCUUGAACAAUAAGAACUCACGGACGAAAGCCUUGGUCCUUGAGCUGCUGGCUGCCGUCUGUCUAGUCCGAGGAGGUCACGAGAUCAUCCUCUCAGCAUUUGACAACUUCAAAGAGGUGUGUAAGGAGAAGCAUCGCUUUGAGAGACUAAUGGAUUACUUCCGAAGCGAGGAGGGAAACAUUGACUACAUGGUUGCCUGCAUGCAGUUCAUCAACAUUGUAGUCCACUCAGUCGAAGACAUGAACUUCAGGGUCCAUCUGCAGUACGAAUUCACCAAGCUGGGCCUGGAUGAUUACCUGGAGAAAUGUAAACACACGGAGAGUGACAAGCUGUCGGUGCAGAUCCAGGCCUACCUGGACAACGUGUUUGACGUGGGUGGUCUGCUGGAAGAUGCGGAGACAAAGAAUGCAGCUCUGGAGAAGGUGGAGGAGCUGGAGGAGCACCUGUCCCAUGUGACGGAGAAGCUGCUGGAGGUUGAGAAUGAAACAAUGAUGAAAGUAGCUGAUCUAGAGAAGCUGCUCCUUCAGAAAGAUAAGGACCUGCAUGCAAUACGGGAGACGUAUGAGUCGACCAACACCCAGAUCAACACCCUGAGGAGGGUGCUCAAGGAGAAGGAUGCUGCCUUCCAGAGGCACUUCAACAUCGAGAGGCGGCUGCUGGAGCUUGAACAGCAAGGCACCAUUCGUUUGCACAAGAAGGCUGAUGGAGACAUUGCCAUCGAGCCGCUGGGUGUCAGUGGUGGAGGUGGUGGUGGCCUUGGGAUCCCGCUGGGUGACAUUACACAGCUGUCUUUGGGUUCAGCAGCUGGGUUAACCGAACUCGGUGGGCCAGACGCCAGUUUACCACCAGCCAGUGAAGCCCCUCCACCUCCUCCUCCACCUCCACCGCCUCCUCCUCCUCUUCCCUCUGCCCCAGGCCAGAGUGUACCAGUCCCACCACCUCCACCUCCUCUCGCUCCACCUCUUCCAGAUGCUUCUCCAUCAGUUAUCCUGAGUGUGGGUCUCUCAGCAAUCAGAAUCAAGAAACCCAUCAAGACCAAGUUCCGCCUGCCUGUGUUUAACUGGACGGCCCUGAAGCCCAAUCAGAUCAACGGCACAGUCUUCAAUGAGAUUGAUGAUGAACGUGUGCUUGAAGAGCUGGAUCUGGAGAGAUUUGAGGAGCUGUUUAAGACCAGAGCCCAGGGUCCAGUUGUGGAUCUUUCCUGCACAAAGAGCAAAGUAGCCCAGAAGGCAGUAAACAAAGUCACCCUUCUGGACGCCAAUCGCUCCAAGAAUCUAGCCAUCACACUGCGAAAGGCUAACAAGACCACAGAAGAGAUCUGCAAAGCAAUAGAGAAGUUUGACCUCAAGGCCUUACCCGUGGACUUUGUGGAGUGCCUGAUGCGUUUCCUACCCACAGACGCUGAGGUAAAGGUGCUGCGUCAGUACGAGCGUGAGAGGCGUCCACUGGACCAGCUGGCUGAGGAAGAUCGCUUCAUGUUGUUUUUCAGCAAGAUCGAAAGGCUCACGCAGAGAAUGAACAUCAUCACCUUUGUGGGGAACUUUUCUGACAACAUUAACAUGCUUACACCUCAGCUCAAUGCCGUCAUCGCUGCUUCUGGCUCAGUAAAAUCCGCACCAAAGUUGAAAAGAGUGCUCGAGAUCAUCUUAGCCUUGGGAAACUACAUGAACAGCAGCAAGCGAGGCUGCGUUUAUGGCUUCAAAUUACAAAGUCUUGAUCUGCUGCUGGACACAAAGUCUACAGACAGAAAGAUGACGUUGCUUCACUACAUCGCUCUUAUUUUGAAAGAGAAGUACCCUGAACUGGCCAACUUCUACAACGAACUGCACUUUGUGGAUAAAGCUGCGGCAGUAUCUUUGGAAAAUGUGCUGCUGGAUGUUCGAGAGCUGGGGAAAGGCAUGGACCUGAUCCGGAGAGAGUGCAGUCUUCAUGACCAUUCAGUCCUGAAAGGCUUCGUUCAGGCCAGUGACCCACAGCUGGACAAGCUGCAGAAGGACGCCAAGACAGCAGAGGAAGCCUUCAACAAUGUGGUGAACUACUUCGGAGAGAGUGCCAAGACGACUCCACCCUCGGUGUUCUUCCCUGUGUUUGUGCGUUUUAUCAAGGCCUACAAGGAUGCAGUGGAAGAAAACGAACAGAGGAAAAAGCAGGAGGAAGCAAUGAGAGAAAAGUUACUGGCUCAGGAGGCUAAACAGCAUGACCCCAAGGUCCAGGCCCAAAAGAAGAGGCAGCAGCAGCAGGAGCUGAUCGCAGAGCUACGCAAGCGGCAAGCCAAAGACCACCGGCCAGUGUACGAGGGCAAGGACGGCACUAUUGAGGAUAUCAUUACAGUACUGAAGAGCGUGCCCUUCACAGCCCGCACUGCUAAACGCGGCUCACGGUUCUUCUGUGAAGCCAACCUCUGUGACGACGCCAACUGCUAGCCCCUCCCCCCUAAUGCCAAGAUCUCCGAAGCCAGCCUUUCCUGCGAGCUGACGCAUUGAUCCGGAGCGGUUGGAAGAGACCCUAAACCACUUAUUCGUCACUUAUACUCCCUUCCCCACCAUAACCUCCCUCCCUGUGUCCUGAUGGUCUGUCUCAACCCUGAGGCUGCAGAUCACAAAGACUGAAAGGAGGGACAGGACAGAGCCCUUGUUAUAGCUGGGUAAUUUAUUUAUUUAUGGAGGCCAUUUACAGCCACUUUAAAGUGAGCAGGCAUCAUUACAGAAGCACAACGGGUUUCUCCUGUCUCACCGCAAACACAAGACUUUCCCUGCUCUGUUGUAAUGGAGAAGCAGGCCAGUCGGACUACAAAACAGGUGAGGUGAGCUGAGGACUGGCGGACCACGAAGCAGGAAGAACUUUGCUCCUGCCAACAUGUGGAUCUUAUUCCCAAAACCGUUAAUUUCCUCAGAUUAUGCAGUCAAAGCAGGACUGAGACUGGGAGUCGGCCAGGCUCUGCUGCUGGGAUAUUCGCCUUGAAGAGACUUUGCAGAAUUCUUCCUCCAAAUAACAGAGAAGCUUCAAUAUUAUUUUGAGACAUUUGGGGACUGUAUCCCUACUUUAACCCUGGUCAACACAUUAAAUCAAGACUUCAUAUUUACAUUUCAAUCGCAUGUAUUUUGGGAGGAAAGGACGCCAAUUCUACUGGUUCUUUUGGAGAAGCUAGCCAAACCAAAAUUUCUUAAAUGUUUUGCUUAAGAAGUGCCUUUUUGUGUAAACAGUGUUAUUUCUCAAGUCAGCCAUAAUUUGUUUAUUUUACAUCUUUCAUUUGUUAAAGAUUGUAUUUUAUAUUGCCUUGUUCUGUAACAGUCUUAUAAUACUGACAACAAUAUGCAGACAUUUUCCAGCUUUAAACUAAAGAGUAAGGGGAAGAACGAUUUAAAGAUUACUUUUAUUUACCUCUCUAGUACAUCAGUGGCUUCAAGCUCUUUUGAUUGACAUUUCUCUGUGCCUUGUCCAAGUAGUUUUUAAAACCUGAAUGUUAUACGCCUUGACAACAUUUCCUGUCACAAUUUAAGUGACAUUUUGGGAAGUGACAAAUGUAUGAAGAAGAUUUCAUGUGGACUGCUGAUUAAGGGCCUGGAGGACAAUAACCUGCUUUAGAUGUGGUGAUGGACGAAGGACAUUUCCAUUCCUGUUAAGUCUUAUUUUUUAAGCUUAUUUUGUAUCUCCUCUGUUUUAAUAGAGAUAGAGACAAGUUUCUUCCUAACAGCUGUUGAAACUUAAAUUGGCACAAAGGGAGCGAUAUACAUCUUUACACUACUAAAUUUGGCUCAACAUUGUAUGAGACACUAUUCUUUAAGUAGACAUUUAUAUUAAUGUACAUUUAAAUCAAGAAAUUGACUUUUUAGAAGAAUCGAUUCAUGAUAUUGUCUGUUGACUGAAAGAUGACACUUCCUGUUUAAUAAAUAAGAUGAUUUAUGUGAUUAUAAGA